AUGGAGUACUCCAUUUCUGUGUCUGCCACAGAUAUGAUGGCAGUCUGUCCUAGAGACAGCCCCAUCAAUGUUAGAAGGCUCCAUAAAAGAGCCUUCCUUGUUGUGGACCUAUCCUCUUCAUCUUCUGAGGAGGAUACUGUCCCAGUUAGUAAAAGAACAAAGAAGGCUUGCCUUUCCUCUUCAAGUUCUGAGGAUGAACUUGAUUUUGGUCCCUCUUCCCCUCAUUCUCAUUUGAGUAGUCGAUGCUUUAAAGGGACGGUACCUCCAAAAGCAAAACAUGUGUUUCCCUUAUUUGAGGUUUCAAAGCAGUUUUCACACAAAAGGGACAAGAUUUGUUUGAGUGCUGUCAGUCCCUCACCAUCCACCUCAAGAGCGUUUGCUCAUUCAUCCUCCCUAAGCCGGUCUUGUUCCAGACAGGUAUCCCCGGAGAUUGAUUGGGAGUGGUUCGCUCUGCAACUUCCACUGAACAAGGGAAGUUCAGCAACAUUCAGAUGA